AUGUCGACCGAGCAAGUAGCUUCACUUACUUUUGAAUUUGAGACUAUUGCAAAGAAGUUGGAUUACCAAAUCAACUUAACCAAGGCAUACUCAUCAUUAUUCACCCAGAGAGGACAGACGGAAAUUGAUUACGCCAAGCACCUUCUCCAUCAGUGCGGAACUCCACUGAAAGUUGGGAACAUUUUGAUGAAGAGAGACGUUCCUCUUGAUUUGCUUGAAACGACCGCCAAGGUUGCCUUGACCAGUUUUAAUACAAACACGUUGAAAGUAGCUCAGAAACACAACGAAAUGGGUGUCAUCUUUAUCGAACAAGCUUCAAAGCCUCUUGACAACUUGAGCCGAACAAUGGAAGCCAACAGAAAGAGAAUUGUUUCAGAGUUUUUGGCCCGUUUGAAAAAUUCACAAACUUUGGCAAGAAAUGCUGAGAGAGCUGAGGAACAAUACAAGCGUGCAGUUGCUGAGCUUAAACAGGUCACUGCUCAACUUAACACUGCAAUGACGCAGAACGUCGCAAUGGUGGACAGACUUGUUGCUAAGAAACAACAAGUGGUAGCUCGUGUUCAACAAAGUGAAGCAGCUUAUAAAGCCGCUGUUGAAAAGGCGAAUGCUUAUAAUGAAGAGAUGUAUGGGGAACCAGUCAAAAAGAUUAUUGCCAACGCACUUGAUUUGAUGAAGUCGUACUUCACUGGUCUUAAAAACAUAUUUGAUAUUGUUGCCGCACAGUGCUCUGAGUUGUCACCCAUUGUUGAUGAGGCUUUCAAAACAAUCAAGGAAGACGUCACGAAGAUGGACUACGAACAAGACUUAAAACAGUUUGUCGACGCCAACGCAAACGUCCAUAGCCAAUGCGUCUUGGCAGUCCACUUAGACACAACCAUCAACGAGAAGGCCGAAGAUUCUGUUGUUGUGCCACAAGAAAAGAAAGUAGAAGCCCAACCAACUGAAGAGAAGAAAGAAGAAGUGCAGCCCGUUGAAAAGAAGGAAGAGGUGAAAGAAGAACAGAAACCUGUUGAAGAGAAGGCAGAAGACGCCAAACCAGAAGAAAAGAAGGAAGAGAACCCCGUCGAGGAGGACAACAAAGAAGAUCUCCAAGAAAUUGCGUAA